AUGCCUUUUGGUCAUUUCAACAAGAAGAAGAACGCAUCUAAGGCGUCCGUAUGCAGUUCAAUACGUUCAAGACAGAAUAGCAACGUGACCUUCGAUGGUCGACUUCAAAGCUCGAAGUUAACCACUAGCAUAAGUAAAAGUGAUGUAACUGCGGCGAGUGAUUUGGACAGCGAUCCUAAAGAAAAGGGCGACCAAUUCUACAAUUAUCACGGCCGCGCAUUUUUACCUGAAGUAGACGGAAAACAAUAUUUAUUACCAUGCGAUGAUGAGGAAGUAGAGAGAAUGGAGGUUCAUGAGCUUGCCCUUUGGCAUGUCUUUCGCAAGUCACUUUUUGCGCCGGUAGCAGAUGACUUGGAAGAAGGAAUACGAGUUUUAGAAGUUGGAAUUGGAACAGGAAAAUGGAUAACGGAUCUUGCCUUUAAUCACCCUAAAUCUCAAUUCAUUGGAACUGACAUAUACAUAUACCCUACAACUGAUCUGCCAAUCAACUGUCAAUUUAAACCGGUUGAUACAACUGAAGGAUUGCCUUUCCCGGACAAUUCAUUCGAUUAUGUUGUGCAACGCAACGCGCUCUACAAUUAUACAAGAAAGGAAUGGGAAAAUAUUGUGAUACCAGAAAUGAUUAGGGUAUUGAAACCAGGGGGUUGGAUUGAAUUUGUUGAAGGAGAAACAACAAUACAAGACGCUGGACCGAAAAUGUCUACUUGGCUCAUGCGACUAAAUGUAACGCUCCAGUCGCGCACAAUCCAUACUAGAGUGGGGCGGCAGCUUGGUCAUUGUUUACAAAGUAAUCCUGCAUUGCAAAAUGUGGAGGCCUCCUUUCGAUCAGUACCUCUCGGCUGGUUAGGAAAAGUAGGUGAUAUCGCGCUGGAAGCACACAGACGGCUAUUUGAUUCACUUCGACCUAGAAUGUGCGACGAUUGGGAUAUGGAGCCAUUCAAAUACGAUCUAUUGACAAAAUCGGCCAUAACCGAAUGCAAGGAGUUUCGGUCGUGGUCAAACUAUUAUUAUGCUAUUGCUCAGAAAUCUGGCGAUGGCAAUGUGACAGUUCCUGUAAUUGUAGUAGAGCCAACGGUUCACCAGGAUGAGGACGAGCCUUAUUUUUGAUCAAAACGUACAAUAGACUGAAUC